UAGGUAGGCAUUAGUGGUAAGACGCUCGCAGCCUUCAGGUUUGCCAAAUCCAGUGUGCCAAACCCCACUGCGUGGCACACUGGAAGGUGCACAGUGGUCGGUGGAGAUAACUGGACUUUUUUCAGCACUUUUUGGGGAUACAAUUAAGACAGAGCACAGCAUCGUCCCUCAUUGCCUCGUCGUUCUCCUUCCCCUCUUCCCCCGGUAAGACUCGGACUCCCUCGCUGCAACCAUGGUGGUGAUGAAGAUGAAGUUCCCCUUUGAAAAAAGGGUGAAGCUGGCCCAGGGACUGUGGCUCCUCUCCUGGUGUGCCACGGUUGCCGGGGCCACGACCUUCACCCUGGGAUGCCUCCUCAAGACAGAACUCCGCCGGAGGGCAGAGGUAAUGGACAACUCAGAUAUACAUAUUGUGCCCAAUACCCUCAUGAUCGUUGGCGUGGCCUCCUUGGGCAUCAACUACUUUGCGUCAAAGAUCUGUCAGGACGCCCUGGAUGCAGAGAAGUUUCCUCGCUGGAAAACCUUCCUGAAGCCCUACUUUGCGGUCUCUUGCUUCUUCACCGUGCUCAUGCUGCUAGCCGUCAUCAUGAGCUACGCGAUGAAGGGCAGUCUGGAGUCUUCUCUGAAGGCGGGCCUGAGGAACGGCAUCCGGUUCUACAAGGACACAGACACCCCAGGUCGCUGCUUCCAGAAGCAGAACAUCGACCGCCUGCAGAUGGAGUUUCAGUGUUGUGGAAACAACGACUACAGGGACUGGUUCGAGGUCCAGUGGAUCAGCAACCGCUACCUCGAUUUCGGCUCCAAGGAGGUGAAAGACCGCGUCAAAAGCAACGUGGAUGGCCGUUACCUGGUAGAUGGAGUCCCGUUCAGCUGCUGCAACCCCGGUUCUCCAAGACCAUGCAUCCAGUAUCAGCUAACCAACAACUCAGCUCACUAUAACUACGAGUACCAAACCGAGGAACUCAACAUCUACCUUGGAGGCUGCAGAGAGGCCUUGGUCCACUACUACAUGGGUUUGAUGAACACCAUUGGUGGUGGGGUGUUGUCGAUCUUCCUUUUACAGGGCUCUGUGCUGGUAAGCUUGCGUUUCCUGCAGACUGCCAUGGAAGCAAUUGAAGGGAACGAAAACACAGAGGUCGAGACAGAAGGAUACUUGCUGGAGAACGGAGUGCAAGAGACCAUCAUGGAGUACUUGAACCCUGUGCUGAAGUUCUUCCUGCUUACAAACAAUGUGGAAGAGGGCACCCCUACCACCCCUGAACCCUAAACCAUGGCAUGAUGUACACACAUGUAAAUUAUUUUCAAUGAGAGAUGGCAAUUGAUUAAUUAUUUCUAUUUAAUGAGAAGAUGCAAAUUUCAAUGAAUUUCAUAAAUUUAGAUACAGUAUUUUUUUAUUGUCAGAUGAACAUCACAACACAGCUAUUUUCCUACCUGCAUUGAUCCAUCAGUAAAGGGACCCACAUAUGUCAACAUAAACCCACAAUUUCUCAUGGUUUUGGGGCACUCCUUAAAACAAAUAAUAUGCCCAAAAUUAAAAAAAACUAAAGAACUGCAAUCUUUUUUGUAUUAUUGCAUAUUUACUUUAUUUGUCCUGUUCCUUACUAUGUAUGAGUGGCUAAUCCUUUAUUGUUUCACUGUAUUUGUUUACAGCCUCACAAAUACACUUAACCACCUCACUGGUUUUUGAAAGGGAUAUGCACUGCUAUUUACAUUUUCACAAUCUCUGUCAAAAGCAACAAUCCAAUCAUCAUCAACCAGUGGAAAAGCAGUAUUUGAGAAGGCGGUGUGCAAAACUUAUUCUUGUUCUUACAAAAACAAAGAUGUAAAGCUGACCGUAGAGAGACAAGAGGCAAAAUGCUCUGCUGUGCAACAGGUCUAUGACAUAAUUUUACAGAUGAUUUAUUAAAGUUUGACGUUAAUAAAUGCCUUAUGGAGUGGA